UGCGCUGGCAGGAACCAGUGCGCAGAAACAUUUGACCCACAAUGCACUGCGAGAGGCUGACAAGUGGAUCCAAGAUGGCGUAGAAAGUAAAGCUAGAAACUCUGUCCCAGAGUCAUGGAGGACAGGAGGCCACAGAAGUCAUGUGACGAGGCCAUUGGAUCAUUAGUGAGGCAGGAGUAUGAGGCGGCAGUGGCUCACAGCACAGAGGCCCUGCUGGCCAUGGGGCCCCGGACCCUGGCCCCCAGCACGGCCUUCCUCCGAAAGCGUGCCCUGCUCUACCGCAUAGCAGCACGACUCCAGCUGAAGGACUACGAUCAGGCUGAUGAAGACUGCAAGCAUGUGUUUGCUGAGGAGCUGGGGAAGGGAGAUGGCAGUUUCAGGGCAGGUCUUCAGAGUAUGCUGCUGGAUGGAAGCUUACAGGAAGUGUGCAGUGUUCUCUCUAAAGCACUCUAUGGAGAACCACUGAAUGGGAUCAUGACUAAAGACAUGACAAGACUGAAGAGGCUCCUUUCAGAAAUAGUGGCUGUGAGGAGUAAAAUGCCGUCAGAGUUGACUGAAGAGAACGAGGAGGACGUUCAGGAAGGCUGGCAGUUUCGUCCUCCUCCUCGAGGGGUCACUAGUAGUGAGGAGUACACAUUGUGUAAAAGGUUUUUAGAGCAGGGUCUGUGUCGGUACGGAGCUCAGUGCACCUCGGCUCACUCUCAGGAGGAGCUGACAGAAUGGCAACGGCGCUACGCCUCCCGACUCAUCCGCCUCAAACAGCAGCAGGAGGGCAAGCACUUCACCGAGAACUACAUGGAGGCGCUCAUCGAGAAAUGGAUCAACUCCCUCACACCAGAGAGAGUGAUGAAUGACUGUGUGGAUGGAGUUACCGUGGAGCACAGCUCAGAUCUCUCAAUUACCGUCAACACCAAGAAAUCAUCUCACUCCUGGACAUUCACACUCUUCUGCAAGCCGGUCCGGAAGCUACACCGCAUCGCUCUGCUUUACGAUGCCAACCGGCCACAUUUCUCCAUCACGGUGGUCUCGGCCGGGGACGCAUCUACCCAGGUGCCCCAGGAGGUGUGUGAGGGUGGCUGUCAGGAGUGGAGCGCCGCCGGCCUGGUGCAGAACGGCAUGGACCACUGCCUUUACACUGUGGUGGUCUCCUUCAGCACAGAGAUCUUCGGAACCUUCCGGCAGACCGUGGUGUUUGAUUUUGGCUCUGAGCCUGUGCUCAUGCAGCGAGUGAUGGUGGACGCCGCCUCCAUUGAAGAUCUGGAGCACUUGAUGCAAGCGCGACAGCAGCUCCUGAUGACCGCUAAGCGCUGGGACUCGUCAUGUAAAACCAUCGUGGAGUUUGUCCCUAAUGAAAACAUGGAUCUAGAGCGCAGUCUGCUGACCCGCUAUCAGAUCCCCCUCUCUGCCGACCAGCUCUUCACCCAGUCUGUGCUGGACAAAACCCUCACCAGAGACAAUUACCAGCCCCGCUUUCACGAUCUGCUCUACAUCGAGGAGAUCGCUCAGUACAAAGAAGUCAGCAAGUUCAACAUCAAGGUUAACCUGCAGCUAGUGACAAGCUUUAUGUUGACUGGCAUUUCUGGUGGCGCCAAGUACGCUCAGAACGGACAGUUGUUUGCACGCUUCAAGUUGACUGAGACGCUGUCUGAAGAUACGCUGGCUGGGCGGCUGGUCAUGACAAAGGUCAACUCUGUGCUGCUGCUGCCUGUCUUUAAGGAGCGGACGGGUCAGAACCAGCCAGCUGGAGCCAAGGAACGCGUGUAUGAGGCCCUGAUUGAGGAAAAAACAAAAGACUACAUUUUUCUGCGGAUCUGUAAGGACUGCUGUCUGGAGCUGGGGCUGGUGGCGGAUCAGGAGCUCCAGGUGGAGCUGCAGUUUCAGCUGAACAGACUUCCUCUGUGUGAGAUGCACUACGCUCUGGAUCGCAUCCGCGAUAACGGUAUCCUGUUUCCAGAUGUCAGCCUCACUCCCACAAUCCCUUGGAGUCCCAACAGGCAGUGGGAUGAGCAGCUGGAUCCCCGUCUGAAUGCCAAGCAGAAGGAGGCUAUUCUGGCCAUCACCACCCCCCUCUCCAUCAACCUCCCGCCGGUGCUCAUCAUCGGACCCUAUGGCACAGGCAAGACCUUCACGCUGGCCCAGGCUGUCAAACACAUCCUCAAGCAGCCUGAAACACGGGUUCUGAUCUGUACACAUUCAAACAGUGCAGCAGAUCUGUAUAUCAAAGAUUACCUUCAUCCAUACGUGGUGGCAGGCAAUCCACACGCACGACCUCUCAGGGUUUACUUCAGGAACCGCUGGGUGAAGACGGUCCACCCGGUGGUGCAGCAGUACUGCCUGAUCUCUGGAGCGUACUUCACCUUCCAGAUGCCCACGCGACAGGAUGUAGAGCGCCACCGUGUGGUCGUGGUCACGCUCAGCACGUCUCAGUAUCUCUGCCAGCUUGACCUGGAGCCAGGCCAUUUUAAAUGCAUCAUUGCUCUAGAUCACACGAAAAGCCUUUUAUCGGUAUCUGUUAGCGAACCCAAAGGCCAUUGAUUUUUUUUUGUGUCCAAUAUAAAGCAUUUGAGAGUGACUCUGAACUUUCCUGUCUUCCAGCUCAGUCCGUUUGUGUACAGUGAGUUUGCGCGGGAGAGGAAUCUGCACGUGUCUCUGCUGGACCGGCUGUACGAGCAUUACCCAUCCGAGUACCCCUGCAGGAUCCUGCUGUGCGAAAACUACCGCUCCCAUGAGGCAAUCAUCAACUAUACGUCUGAGCUCUUCUACGAGGGCAAACUGAUGGCCAGCGGGAAGCAGCCGCCCCAUAAAGACUUCUACCCUCUGACCUUCUUCACUGCCCGCGGAGAAGAUGUGCAAGAGAAGAACAGCACGGCUUACUACAACAACGCUGAGGUGUUUGAGAUAGUUGAGCGGGUGGAGGAGAUGAGGAAGAAGUGGCCUGUGGCCUGGGGGAAGCUGGACGAAGGAAGUAUCGGCGUUGUCUCGCCCUACGCCGACCAGGUCUUCCGAAUCCGAGCCGAGCUCCGCAAAAAGAGGAUGCCAGAGGUCAGCGUGGAGAGAGUGCUCAAUGUCCAGGGUAAGCAGUUCCGGGUGCUGUUCUUGAGCACCGUUCGCACCCGUCACACCUGCAAACACAAGCAGACGGCCAUCAAGAGGAAGGAGCAGCUGGUGGAGGACUCCACUGAAGACCUGGACUACGGCUUCCUGUCCAACUACAAGCUGCUGAACACCGCCAUCACUCGAGCGCAGUCCCUGGUGGCCGUGGUGGGAGACCCCAUCGCUCUCUGCUCGGUGGGACGCUGCAGAAAGUUCUGGGAGACCUUCAUCUCCAUCUGUCAUGAGAACCACAGUCUCCACGGCAUCACCUUUGAACAGAUUAAAAUCCAGCUGGAGGCCCUGGAGCUAAAAAAGACCUACGUGCUCAACCCGCUGGCCCCAGAGUUCAUCCCCCGUGCCCUGCGCUCGCAACAUCCCCAGGGUCCCGGCAAGCACCAGCACUCCCCACCCAAGGCGAAAGGACAGCUGGCCAAUCACACUGAACCCUUCCCCCCUGAAGGCUUUGUUCAGCCCAGUGCUGCUGUGUUGAUGGGGAACCCGAUUCAAGCCUUUACUCCACCAGGAGCCGGAGCUCCAGCCUCCGGCAAAUCACCAAGCCCUGUUCAAAGAAUCGACCCUGGAGCCAGCAUCCUGUAUGUGCCCGCUGUCUAUGGGGGCAAUAUGGUGAUGCCCAUGCCUCUUCCGUUGCCAUGGCCCGGCUACCAGAGCCGUUUCGCUGUGGAUCCUCGCAUCAUGAGUCAUCAGGCCGCCAUGGCUGCAUACAACCUCAACCUGCGGCCAGCAGCCAGUCGCACCUCACCUGUGCUGUAUGGGAUCAGUCACCAGUCUCCUCUAGGCCUGAACCAGCAGCCCACCUCUGAGAAAGAACUACUUCAGGAGCCCAGUGGGAAUGGGAAAAUCGACAUUAAUGGAAAAACGGAGCAUUGUAGGCUGCUGACGCCCGAGAGGAAAGCCCCUGAGCUGAAGGAAAAACAGGGAGACCCGGAAUCGGUGCAAAACAAGAGUCCAGAGCCCCAUGCCAACAUGGGCUUCCCUGGCAGCCGCCUCAUUCGCAAAGACCCGCAGGCCCAGAGGGCCCUCAACUUCCACCUGGGCCACCCGCAUCCCGGUUUCCCCCCUCACCACGGGAACAGCCCAUUUCCGCAGCAGUAUGGACUAUCCCGACCUCCCCUCCGAAUGCAGGCCCCCAUCCACCCUCAGGCCUCGUCCUUCCCCCCAUCGUUCUUCAGUGGGCCUCCAAUGGCACACCGCGGGCUUCGGUCUCCAGUGCUGGAGGGUGGCGAGGGCUCGAUGGGAGCGGGUCCAGGAGGGGUGGCUGAGGAUCUGAAGGGUGUGGUGAGAGGCCUUCCCCCACAGAUGCACCAGCAGCCCCUGCGCCUCAACAGCUUUGGAGAAGAGAGUUUGGACUCUCUGUUGGGCGAUACUCUGGAUGGUCAGGCUUCCUCUGGGCUGGAUGCUCUGGGCCAGCAGCACCAGCAGACUCGUGUGGGUCAGUGGGGUGAACAGUCUCCGUUUCUGCAGGCCGGUGUGGCCCCCUUCCCCCUGGCGCAGCAGUUGACUCAUCUCGGCCAGCCGGGUCUGCGACUCCCCCAGCAGCUCCUCCGAGCCGGCUGGGGCCUGGGCCCUGCAGCAGAGGAGGAGCCCAGACCUGCCAUGCCCAGAUAUCCCGGUCUGUUGCGUGAAAUGCUCCCUCAAGACCAGUAUGAGCAGCGGGAGCCGGCCGACAUGCCCCCUCCUCAGUCUCGCCUCCUUCAGUACCGUCAAGUCCAGCCCCGAUGCCCCGGAGACCUGCCAUCUCCCUCUUCCUCCAGCUCAAACCACACCUCCGGCCCCAAUCUCUUCCCAGCUCCAGGUCCGCCCACCUUCCCCGACACCAGCCGAGAGCUGCCCAUGGGCGGCCAGCCCUUCCAGCCGCACCAAGCCUUCAAUCAGGCCUCCUUCUCCCUGCCGCCCGAGCACACAGCGGGGCCUCUUCCGGUCAAAUACCUCCUCCAGGAGGCCCACUGGCCCCACCCUGGCCUACCCCAGAGCCAUGUGCUGGGCCACGGCAUGCCCUUUGGCCUGCAGGCCAUGGCGCACAGGCAAGAGCAGGGCCCCCUCACGCAGCUGCAGCACCAGCAGCAGAAACAGCAGCUCCAGGCCCCGCAGAGCUCCCUGCACAGCGUAGAAGAGUAUGAACCACGGGGCCCCGGGCGGCCUCUAUACCAGAGGAGGAUCUCCUCCAGCUCCCCCCAGCCGUAUCUGGACAGCCUGGAUCCUCAGGACCACCCCACGCCCUCCUACAGAUACCCCUCAGCAGACCUAUGGCUGGGCAGCAGCGGGCCCGGCCCGAGCCCCGCUCCUCUCCACAACAUUCCAUGUAACGGAGCGAGCCACCCCGUCCCUCACAGGGAGGUUUUAGUUUCAAAGGCGAUGAGCAUCGCGGAUGAGCAGCAGUCGCCUCACCCCGCCAGCGCCGCGUCUCUCCAGCACCACGGACAGUUCCCACCCCUCAUGCCCAGCAAGCAGACCCCACCUGACCCGGGAGGGGGCAACACCAGCCCAGGGGGCCCCCAGGGGCCCGGCAACCCCAAGCCCCCGACCAUGUCCUACGCCAGUGCCCUCCGAGCCCCUCCAAAGCCCCGGCCGCUGCCCGAGCAGGUCAAGAAGAACAGUGACCCCAUCUCUCUGUUACAGGAACUUAGCAUAGGCAGUUCAAACAGUAGCAAUGGCUAUUACACGUAUUUUAAAUAAGUCAACAUAUAUAUACUAUAUAUACCUGUUAAAAAGGAAAACUGUUGAAAAAAAAAU